AUGCAAUCAUCCCAUCAGCCAGUAAGCAACACUUUCUUGGACAUUAUAAACAGAGACAAAGAAUUGCUCAGGAUGAAACAAACUCCACGCAAUUUCAAUGGCUCGAUGUCAUCAACAAACAUCGAAGCAUUCAAGCCUAAAACCAUUUCUCCUCCCAACUUAGAACAAAACACAUCCCCACCGUCUUCACGGGCAAUCCCCGGUGCACAUCCACCCUUUCCAGCACAAACACACAGCAGCAAUACCCUACAUAUAACGUCUCCACAGCCUCCACCACAAAAGUACAUCCAAAAAGCAUUGUCGUCAUCAUCUUCAUCAACGUUAUCGUCAUAUUUCAGGUCAAAUUCGUUGUUGCCAAAUGAAAUUUCUUCUCAGAAUGUUUUCCUUCCAUCCUCACCACCUCCACCGCUGCCUUCGUCUUCCAUUAUGAUGACGGACGCAUUGCGAGAUGGAAAGGUUGUUUCAUCAGAACCACCGGCAGAUCGUCUAACAGCAUUAAACCAACCAUCACCGUGUUCAGCAAUGCCAUCAUUAAAAUCAACGGCACCACGUGUAUCUUCAUCGUCAACAUCGCUCGCAUCACCAAUACUUUCAUCAUCAUCUUUACAUUUCCUACGCGUUCACCUUGCCAACCAACAACCAACGUUAAAAGAAACGUUAAGCACAAAAAUGCGACAUGAACAAAGUGUAGAAAAUGAACAGAAUCAGCCAAAUGUAACAAAUAGCCUGAUCGACAGAAGCUCUAUAAAAGGCUAUCCUUCCGACUUCGAAAAAUUGCGAAUCCAGCAUUUCAAAGAUGAAAUGAGACAACUGAGGUUGGAACAUGACAAGCUGAAGGUGGAAAACGGGAAACUGACUGCUGAAAACAAAUGGUUGAAAUCCAGAUUGAAUGUUCACUCAGAAAGAUGCACGUGCAACAAAAGUUUCAGCUCCUGCAACGACGAAUACAGCAACAACGACGACAACAUAAACACAUUCAACAGCAGAUUUAGCAACAAAAGAUUUUUCACAAACAACAACAAUGGCACCAGCAUUGUUAACAGCAGCAGCAGCAACAACAACAACAUCAGCAAUGACAACGCCGUUCAUAGCAACAUCUCACAAUGGAAGGAAACUGUAUGGAUCUGA